UAUAGUUGUUCGGGUUUAUUGGUCAACCUUUACAUUGUUUAGGUUCUGUGGGUUGUUCUAUGGUUCAUAUUUAAAAAGGAAAAUUACAUAUAUUGUGUUUGUUUCGAUUAUUCGAAAUAUUUAUACUGUUUAUACAGUUCUUAACUGAGUAAAAAAAUGGAUGAAAGUGACUAUGAUUCGGAAAGUGAGGAUGAAGAAUCGUUGAGCUUUUUAAAGAAAUCGUACGUCGUAGUGGCAAUUGAUAAUCAUGAAUCGAUGUUUGAAUUAAAUGAGGAAACAGGGAAUGCUUCAUUCAGAGACUGUUUUGUGGCUGCACAUGAAAUAGCUGAUGCUUUGAUAAUGUCCAGUCAUGGUCAGUCCGAUUAUAAACAAAUUGCAGUUUGUGUUCCUAACGACAAUGAUGAGGUCUUGGUCAAAUUUAAUGAUGAUCUGAUCAAAUCUUCAAACCUGUUAAAUGAUUUAAGUAAGAAACUUCCAACUGAAUUGAAAGAUGAACAUUGUAGAAAGGGUGAAUUUGACAUGGGGUUAUUUCUGUUGUCAUGUAAAAAGUUGUUUGAUUCCCUAAAGGAACGAGACUGCCACAAAAUUUUAAUAUACAUAGUAAACAAUGAUGAUCCAGCUUGUUCAGAUCCUAAUAAAAAAUAUACGAUUAUAAACGAAGGUAAAAAUCUUAAAACUGCGGGUAUUAAUUUUGAAUUGGUGUUCAUGAAUGACCAUUUCGAUUUGAAUAAAUUCUAUGGCGAAUUUUUCAAUGCUUGUGAGCUAGAUCCACAUAUAAGUAUUUGUGUUGAUUCAGAUGGGCUGUGCAAAAAACUCAAAUCUCUUAUAAUACAGCCUUUAUUGAAACAAAAAGUCAAUUUUUAUUUGCACGAAAAAGAAACUGAAAGAUAUGUGAAGUGCCAGAAAUUAUUUAUUUAUCAACAGGCACGAAUUUUAAACAACGCGACAAUUUCAAAUGACAAUCAUUUAGUCAUAGAGCAAAAGGAAACUCCCAAAGGCGAAGAAAUUGAAACGUUUGAAGCAAGCCCAAGAAAAUUGGAAUUCACUGAACAAGAGAAAAAUUUAAUCAAUUGCAAUACAGAUGUGGCAGUUGGUUAUACAUUGAAAUGCGUUACAGAUAGAUUGAUGAAUCGCGCGUUAGUUUUGGGUAAACCUUCUUUUUUGAUGGCACAAGACGAUGAAGCACAUCAGUCGUCAACCGGGUAUAAUAUUUUUCAACAAUUUUGGCAGUUUUGUGUCGACAACGACAAAAAUCUGAUGUGUAUUUAUAAAAGAACGAAUAAUUCGAAAGUUUACAAUGUUGAAAUGAUACCGAAGUUCGUGAACGACAGACGAAUGUUUCUAGUAAAGAAAUUGCCUUUUGCUGAAAACAUUUCUAUGCCUGAAGCAGCUGAAGUUAAUGAUGACAUUGAUGAUGUAGUAGGAUCAGCAGAACUAGAUUCGAUUCGUGGAUUGAUAAAAUUGUUGGAGUUUGAUUACGAUCCGACCAUGUUUUCUAAUAUACAGGUUGCGAAAAAAAUGGCUUAUGUUAAGGGAAAAUUGUUGGGAAAAGAACCUGAAGAUGAGGAAGAUAUCAAGCCAGAUGACCAAAUGGUAUCUGAGAGAUUGGAGGAUGUUAUCAAUGUCAUGAAAGAAACUGGACUGAUAUGGGACGAGUCCGUAAAAAAGAGAAAACAGACGGGAGCGGCAUCCCAAUCGAAACGGGGCAAAAAAUAAAUAGUAUUUAUAUUUUAUUUUAUAGAAAUGUUUUUGUUUUUUUUUUAUUCGAAUCAUCAUAAAUAUUAAAUGAAAGAAACAAGCUGAUUUAACAAUUAUUCUUAUAAAAAAAUCCAAUUCAAAGCAGUAUUCGGCGGCGAGGCUAGGUGGUUUAUAUUUUAGAAAAGGUGCUGUACACGUUAUUAAUAUAGUAAUUCAUUCAGCAAACCGACUUUUUCGUGUCUACUACGAUUGACGAAUAAUGAUAAUAUAAUAAACAAUAAAUAUUUAUUUAUUUUAUAUUCUUAUACAAUAAAAUAAUUCUGAGAGAAAUA